UUAAGACCCUACACGUGUUCAUCUUGCACACCUCAUGAAACUCAUUGAACUGGGUAGCCUGUGAAAAAUACAGCAUCUCGACAUGGCAUCGAUCUUCAAGGCAGGACACACGGCCGUCAUCACGGGAGGCGCAUCCGGCGUUGGCCUCUCGCUGGCCAAGAAAUGCUUCAACAACGGCAUGAAAGUGCUUGUUGCUGACUGGGAUGAGGAAACGCUCAAGGCAGCCCCGAAGAACGUUGGCGGGGACAUCGGCACGAUCAAGGUCGACGUCAGCAAGACGGAUGAUUGGGCUACGCUCAAGAGCCGGGUCGAUAAGGACCUCAACGGCCAGGUCAACCUGCUGGCCCUCAACGCAGGCUUCGGGCUGAAGUCGUCCUGGGACUCGCCCGACGCUUUCCGACAGACUAUGGACGUUAACUUCUUCGGCGUGAUCAACGGGAUAAGCAGCCUGCUUCCCAACGUAAAGUCGACGGCUUCCUCCGGCUCGCCCAGCGCCGUGGUGAUCACAGGCUCCAAGCAAGGCAUCACGAACCCGCCUGGGAACCCGGCGUACAACGCCUCCAAGUCUGCGGUGAAGGCUGUCGCCGAACACCUGUCAUUCGACCUGCGUGACGAGAAGAACCUCUCUGUGCACCUACUAGUUCCGGGCUGGACCUUCACAGGUCUCUGCGGCAACCGGCCCGGAGAGGGCAAGGAGAAACCGGACGGCGCAUGGUGGCCUGACCAGGUUGUGGACUUUCUGGAGAAGAAAAUGGACGAGGGUCAAUUCUGGGUCCUGUGCCCGGAUGACCAGGUUACCGAGGAUCUGGAUCGCAAACGGAUGCUCUGGGGCGCCUCGGACGCCAUUGAGGGAAGGCCACCACUCACGAGAUGGCGUGAUGAAUGGAAGGCGAAGCACCAGGAAUGGGUUGAAAAGCAGAAGUAGACUCUGAACCAGGCCAACUUGUGGGCUUCACGGUGGAAGUAUGGCUAGCGCAAAUCAGCGUUGAAUGAAGGUGAUGGCUAAUGCUCACUGCCUUGGGUGUGAUAUAAACCUCUAUAUCAACAACUUCGGGCGACAAUAUGGCUUCUGCACAAGCGAAAUCUAAUGCAGCUUAUGCAAGAAGAGAUCCUAGUAUCUCACACGACUACGUGGGUAUUUAGCGCCUUGUGCAGCGACCUUAGCCGCGAGGCCAACCGUGGUAAACCUUGGAGGCAGACUGCGCCAAGGAGGUCUAAGUGGAUGUACAUCGCGGCGUCCAUGUCAUGCUUCUUUCUAUAUUGCCAGCACUAGUACUCGUUACAGGCCAAACCCUUCCUGAGAGCCUGCCAAAUGUCAC